GAGUGAGACCCACCACCAACAGAGCUCCCCCGCUUCUCCAACGGUCAACACCUCCUUAACCGUCUCCGUUCGGUAAUUUCUCCCAAAACUUUAACAUUGAAGGCGACACCGUUUUGGACCUUUCCUUUUCCCUUCGUUUAAACUUCGUGGACCCUGUAGAGAAACCCUAGAAGAAGAAGAAGAGGAGGAGAAGCAAUGGCAAUCGCACGAACCGGAGUGUACGUCGACGACUAUUUAGAGUACGCAAGCACGUUACCCGCUGAGCUUCAGAGGCUCCUCAAUACCAUCCGAGAACUCGACGAACGCUCCCAAUCGACGAUAAACCAGACGAGGCAGCAGACCAAGUACUGCUUGGGAUUUGCUUCACAGAGCUCAAAGAAAGGGAAUAAUCAUAAUAACAAUAAUAAUUACUAUUAUAGUAAUAAUAAUUAUAAUAACCAUCAAGAAGACGAGGCAGCGAUUGAGAAAAUGCGAAAGGAUAUUGAGACAAAUCAGGAUAAUGCGUUGAGUUUAUGCACCGAGAAGGUUUUGUUAGCUCGGCAAGCUUAUGACCUGAUAGAUAGCCAUGUAAAAAGACUGGAUGAGGACCUGAACAACUUUGCUGAAGAUCUAAAGCAAGAAGGAAAAAUAGCACCAGAUGAACCAGCAACUCUCCCUGCAUUACCUAUUGUCCCUAAAAGUGAAAAACGCAAGCCUCUCUAUGGAACACCUCAAUCAAAAAGGCUGGAUUAUAGGGAGAGGGAUUGGGAUCGGGAGCGUGAUAGGGAUUUUGAGCUCAUGCCUCCUCCAGGAAGCCAUAAAAAGGAUUUUGCUGCCCCCAUGGACGUCGAUCAACCUAUAGAUCCGAAUGAACCCACAUACUGUGUCUGUCAUCAGGUAUCAUUUGGAGAUAUGAUUGCCUGUGACAAUGAAAAUUGCCAAGGAGGUGAAUGGUUCCAUUACUCGUGUGUCGGGCUGACGCCAGAGACAAGGUUCAAAGGAAAAUGGUAUUGUCCAACCUGCAGACAGUUACCGCAUUGUCAAUGAUAUUGGAAGAUUGGACCUGCUUGGUUAAUUGCUUAUUUUUGUUGUUUUAAGUACCUCUUUCAGAGGAAAACAAGUGGGGAAAUGUUAAUAAUACCAGGAAAUUUUAGAUUAUGGAAAAUUUGGAUGAUUUGUCACCAUUCAA